CCCCCCCCCUCGGCAAUACUGCUUCCACAACACAUACGCAGGGCGCACGAUGAACAGCUCGCGCGACGGCCCGAAUCCCCUACGUCCAUACUACGUGCCUCCCCCGAUCGGCCUGUCGACGGGGUCCGUUGCCCACGUCUCGCCGGCCGCCACCGACGGCCCAGCGUCGGCCCAGGUCUUCGGGGGCUCUGCCCGCAACCUGCUCUCGGACUUGGACUAUUCGGAUUAUCUGGAUCCAUCUCCGUCGGUCUCAGAAUGGCUUCGAGACGUGGUGGAUAAGGCGUUGUGGCGGUACAUGAGCGCGCUGACCGCGCAGCCAUUUGACGUUGCAAAGACCAUUCUGCAGGCGUAUGUCGUCCCCUCUGCCGAGGAGGAGGGGCAGUGGGCGCGAGACGAUCGACGGAGGUCGAUUCCGCAACCUGGGAAGAACUCAUAUCGUGAAGAUGGAGAAGAUGAAGAUGAGAACUCCCUGUCGUCCGACGAUGAGAGCAAUUAUUUUACAUCUGCAGCCCCUACGACAGCUUCGCCAAAGACGCCCAAGUCUCAAAGGCAUCGACACAUCACCGAUCGCAGCGGGUACAUCCCGGGCCCUCCGUCCUCGGCGAAACAUGCCCUCACGAUCAAGAACCCGUCCUCGUUGAUGGAAGUUUUGUCGCAGCUGUGGUCGACGAGUGGCCCGACCGCACCCUGGAAGGCUACCAAUACGACGUUUAUCUACUCUCUCCUCCUGCCGACCCUCAACACCUUCAUUCGCAGUCUGCUGUCCGCCAUCGUGGGCCUCCCGGAGGAAGACAUUGCGUCAUCCAUGACGGCGGACAUCCUGACUGUCGCGUCGCCCGUAGCCACCCUCAUUCUCUCAUUCAUCUCUACCUCCUUGACCGCCAUCAUCCUCUCCCCCAUCGACACGGCGCGGACUUUCCUCAUCCUCACGUCCGCGACACACGGCCCCCGCUCCCUCCUGCGGGCCAUCAGACUCAUCCCAACCCCUAACCACACCAUCCCUCCGCACCUUGUCCCCAUCACCGUGCUGCACUCCAGUCUUCCGAGCCUGAUCACCACGAGCGCCCCGCUCUUCUUGAAAUCCUACCUGUCGAUCGACCCGGUCCUUCACCCGUCCAUGUGGAACCUCUGUUCCUGCCUGAGCUCCGGCCUGGAGCUCGCCGUCCGGUUCCCUCUUGAGACUGUUCUGCGCCGUGCCCAGAUUUCUACCUUCACCUCUCCCGGUCUUCAGCAACAGCACACCGCGUCUGCCUCUUCCUCCACGGACAUGGCCGUGGGUGACAUCGAAACCAUCGUCCCUACGCCACGCUCCUACCGUGGCAUCGUGAGUACAAUGUGGGGCAUCGUCCACGAAGAAGGUGCCCGCGCUGCGCCGUCCGAAAACGAGCGCGCUCGCGAGCUCCUCGGCAAGUCCGUCUCGAAACAUGACCAGCAACGCCGGCCGCGCGGCCAGGGCAUCCAGGGUCUGUACCGCGGCUGGCGGAUCGGGAUGUGGGGGGUUGCAGGUAUCUGGGGCGCCAGCCUGCUGGGCUCUGCGGGCGGAGCGGACGAAGACCUUCGGAGCAGUGGGCGUUUCUAACACACACACACACACACACACACACACACAUACACAUCAUC